ACUAGGUAAUCUAUCUAAAUUAAGUAAUGCGGCUUAAGAUACUGGCAUAAGGCCGGUAACCUUGCGGCCCUGUAGUUAAUUACAAGCGCACGAUGAAGCUCCUUCUGGAAAGGACCUAUGAUCGCCAGUAAGCAGCCAUGGUCCUGAUUUAUACAAAUAACAUCAGACUGCCCCUUAGAUGGUAGAGCAUUUUCAGAUCCUCAUCAAGCUCAGCUCGACAUCCACGACACUCAAACACCCGUCCCAAGCAACUUACCUGAUUCUUAUAUCGCACAAUGUCUCUCAGAACCCUUCUCGGAGUUUCCAUGUUCCUUGGCGCCUCUCUGGCGAGAGAUGUGCCCUCGAAUGUGAAGAACUUCUACAACAGCAUCAAGAGCAAGGGCCAGUGCAGCUCCGCCCUAGCGUCAGGUUUCUACAGCGAGUACAACGACGACAACUCCUUUUGCUACUGUGGUGAUCACCUCAAAGACGACAAGGUCAUCUACAUCACCGGAAAGAAUGGACAAUUCGCCAACAUGGACAUCGAUUGCGACGGGACUCAAGGCAGUGCUGCUGACGACGGUCGCUGCGGAAAGUCGGGUUCCACCCAGUCGAUCACGUCUUUUGCCGAUACCGUGAGGGGAUACGGCAAGGGUAUCAGAGACCUGGAUGCCAACAUUCACCCUUACGUCGUCUUCGGCAACGUUGGUGACAAGCCGGGCUUCACGUCGUUCGACCCCCAGAAGCACGGUGUUGAGCCUUUGUCUGUCAUGGCUGUAGUCUGUGGCAACAAGCUGAUCUACGGUGUCUGGGGUGAUGAGAACGGCGCCGACGGUCAGAAGUCUGUUGUGGGAGAGGCCUCGAUCUCGCUCGCUACCGCAUGCUACGGUAAGGGGAUCAACGGAAACAGCGGACACGACCAGAACGACGUCCUGUUCCUUGCCUUCACCGGCAAGGAUGCCGUCCCUGGAAAGAACGGAGCUAAGUGGGAUGCGAAGAACUACAACGAGUUCGAGUCUAGCAUCCAGGCUCUCGGUGACAAGCUCAUCCAACGCAUCAAGUAAAGCCAGAAAAGCGUUGCACGAUUUUAGGCAGCUUGACCUACGAUAGUCUCGCUUAACUGCGUGCCGACUUUGUUUCUUCCACCUGUAUAUAUGUACCUAGCUUCUAGAAUGUAAAUAUUGAUUGAGUCCCUUAAAAAUAU